CUUGUCUGAUAGUAGGCUGGCUCGAGAGCAUUCUCGUAUACGACGAAGGUCGCCAAUAUGUAUAAUACCCGCUUGAGCAAUAUCGGACCCAACCCGGAGUACAGGCCUCAAAUCCCCUCUUCCCUGACAAUCCUUGCGAAUCCAUCCCCGAGACCACGCCCGAAUCCCGGCUGCGAGACCAAGCGGAUGCGAACAGCCUCGAACGGGCAGAGAGCGAUGUAGCUAGCUAUUUAGGCAAUGGCAGAUGAUCCUAGGGACACCGCAUAAUGGUUCUUGGACGCCGCCUCGUCCCUAAGUGCAUCGAUGGAACGGGUCUUGAGGAACUCAUAGCCCCGAACUUGAACCCCCGUCAGCUCUCCAGUAGCAGAAAUAAUCUUCCGUGCCCAGACAACCAGCUCGCGAGUUCAUAUCAGCAUUGCCGUUGCUCUGGUGUUCGAGCUCUCGAUCCCAGCUGUAGGCGAUGGUUUCUGUGUCAACGAUUGGUGACAUGGAAAG